UAAAUUUUUGACCAUGAACGUCGAAUCCUAAAGUACUGAAGAUGCACAAAUAGAAAAUGUGCAGUAUUACGAGAAGUGAUUAAAACGUUAAUUGAUUCCUAAUUAUUAUGACUUUUAAAUAGUUUAAACUGUAGAAACGAAAUUUAACUCCCACUAUUUACGACAAUUACAAAUCAUCGUUGAACUAGUCUGCUAUUAUACGUCAGCAGUAAAGCAGUUAAUGUCAGCUGUAUUCAAUAGGUACUUAUAUUUCCCGAAUUCACUAUGCUAACUAGUGCAACGUUAAACAGUUCACGUUUUAAGUUAUUAUCUAUUUCUCCUAAUAGAUAACUAACUCAAUCGUUAGUAGAUUUUAUGUCUCUAAUGAAAUUGCAAACAAAUGUCAAUGCCAAAGUGGAUGUUGUAUAUAGCAAUCCUAAUUUUUGUUUCAUUACUGUUACUACAAUUUGAGGUAAUACCGAAUCGCAAAUCUAGUUUUAAAUGUAAGGAUCCAAGCAUUUCAUACAUAUUAAAAGGUGAAACUAUUUCGGAAAAGCAGUUAUUACUUAGUAUAUUCUUAGGACCUCUUUUAAUCAUCACUUUAAUUGAAGUUCUAAACACAAUAUCAUUCCACAACCUUAAUAAAAAAAUAAUAUGGAGUCUUUACAAACGCUGUUUAACUGGAGUUAUAUUUGUUAUUCUUAUAACGGAAUUUUUAAAAACUGUUACACGAGAGCCUCGACCUCACUUUAUGCAGUCCUGCAAACCUGAUGCAAAUGAAGUCUGUGAAAAGGGAAUUCACGUUUUUGAAUAUAAGUGCACAAACACUCGACUUACUAGGUUUUCACAGGCUGAUUUAACAAGAUCAUUUCCUUCAGGGCAUACAUCACUUUCACUGUUUACGGCUCUACACUGUUCCUAUCUUCUUCUCAUACGCUUACGACAUGGGUUUAAAAGAAACGUUUUCAAAGUAUUACUUAUUACAGUGUGUUUUGCGUGGAGCUUCAUCUGUUCGCUGUCAAGAAUAACUGAUAAGAGGCAUCAUUGGUGGGAUGUAGCGGCAGGAGCAACUCUAGGAUUAUGUUCUUUUUACAUGUUUUAUCGUUUGCAGAGAAGCAGUCUUAUAAAUACUGACAUAAAUAAGACGGAGUCUUCAUAAAUCUCUACAAAUACAUGGCAUUUUUCUAGUCUUGGUAAAUGUUUCUGUCCAUUUCUUUUUUUUUUAUAAAAUAAAAUAGCCAAAAAUGUUUCCAUUUAA